AUGGAAACCAACUCGGAUGUAGACUGGUUUACGCAAAUGGAACAAGAAACAAUCGUUGAUAUAGUGAAGAGAGUGCAGUUAGACGACGUGUCGGUCCAACGGGAUAAAUUGCGGCUAGAUAGAAUUAUGUUAGUGGGUCCACAAGAUGAUGAUGAGACGCGACAGAUUACAGAGUAUACGGUGUGGGAAAAUUUGGUAUGGAAGGAGAACGAGACGUUACAGCUGUACGUCCCGAAGUCUGCAAGGCGGCAGGUAUUGGAGGAAUGCCACGACUCGGAGUUCGCCGGUCACCCGGGUAGCGAAGAAACGCGAAGAGUAGCACGGAAGCAGUUCUGGUGGAAGGAAAUGGAUGAAGACGUUGCCGAAUGGGUCAGGUCGUGUGUGGUGUGCGCAGCGGUAAAGGUAGGGCGGCCGAAAGAGAAGGCGCCAUUAAGAUCGCGGACACCCCAGGCACCAUGGAAGAUGGUGAGCCUGGACGUCCUGGGCCCAUUCGAGGGAGUCGACCUAAACCACCGUUUCCUUCUGGUGUUGACUGAUCUUUUUUCGCGAUGGGUGGAGGCCAAACCUACGGGUCGUGCCACGACCCACGAUCAAGUGGAGUUUUUACAUGAUGUUUUCAUUCGUUAUGGAUAUCCAGUGACGAUUAUAACUGAUAGCGCCCGCACUUAUACGUCUGAACCGUGGAGGGAAUACCUGGAGGCACAUCACAUCGAGCACGUACAGUCUGCUAUCUAUCAUCAGCAGGCUAACCCGGAGGAGCGACGAAUUCGGGAACUAAAGAAAACAUUGCGCGCGUUAGUGUACGGAGACACGGCGGGUUGGCCUAAGAAAUUGCCGCAGGCCUUGUUCGCGCUUCGCAAUCGACGCAACGUCGCGACGGGAGCGACACCAACGCAAAUUUUGUUUGGGGUAGAGUUGAAACGACCUGGAGUAUGGACGGCAGUAGAUAAGCAAAAGGAGAUCCAGCUCAAUUUGCAUAAUUUAGGGGUGAAGAAGAUGUUCAGGGCAGAUUCCCUCGAAGAGGUGUCAUUGCGAGGCAGAUUCCCGCGAAGAGGGGUUUUAGAUUUUGAAGAAGAUGUAAAAAAAGAAGAGGUUCCGGGCAGAUUCCAGCUAGGAGGGGUCCUUUAA